AUGUCUGUGGGCGAACGGGGGCGUGUGGAGACGGCAGUAGCCGGCAACUUGGGGGGUCAGAUGCAUCGAGAAGCAGCUAUGGUUUUGCCUACAACAUUUUUAAUGCGAAAAAACAAUUCACGCGAUAUGUGUGCCAAUAUAUGCAAGAUUUUUAAGUCUGGCGAGUAUCUUCAGCCGUCGCAAGGGAUGCCAAAGUUUAGCAGCGGUGGGAAGUGUCCAGAGGCUAUGGAUGAACAUUUUCAGACGGCCAGCCAGGCACAAAAGCACCGUGUGGCGGCUCUUCGUCUAGAGUCUGUCGGACUGGACCGAGUUCUUGUGACAGAAAUCACAAACUUUCAACGUGUAGGGAAUGAACAAAUUUGCCAUCACUCAGCAGCCGAUUUAUCCGGUCUAUAG